AUGGGCAAAGACGAAGCCCAGGUUUCGGCGCGCACUGCAGGCAAGACGAUCCAGGAGAAAUACGCCGAUGUCACGCUGCACCUCAUUGAGGAACAUGGGGACAAUGUUGGCCCGUUGACCGAGGAGAAGGAGAAAAGGCUGCGAAGAAAGCUGUACUGGAAAAUCAUGUUUUUGGUGUCGGUCAUCAAUCUUACUUUGUUUGUCAGUUGA